AGCACCGUGUUAGAUGGCGGUGGACACCGACCACAGUGCUAGGACAGGCUGAAGGCCUGGGUUACUGGGGGCCAGUUGCUAUGGAGACCCGUCCGCCGUAUCCCGGCAUGCCUGGACACCAGUGGUUCCAUUGAAAGCUCCACAAAUGGGCGCCUCCUGAUGACGCACACGGAAGCGUCGACACCUCCUGGAGAAAGAGGGACCUGCGCAGCACUGUCCGGGAGAUCAACGGCGGCGGCGUUCACACCCUGGGUCGGACAGCUCUCCGGGAGUCUUGGACGUGAGGCCGGAGGUCCCAGUGUCUGCGAGUUCAGAUGCCCAUCCAGCCUUCAGGCAAAGAAACAGAAGAGAUGGAGGCAGAAGGAGAUUCAGCAGCUGAGAUGAACGGAGAGGCAGAUGAGAGCGAGGAGGAACGGAGUGGCAGCCAAACUGAGUCUGAGGAGGAGAGCUCAGAGAUGGAUGAUGAAGACUAUGAGCGGCGCCGCAGUGAGUGUGUCAGUGAGAUGCUGGACCUGGAAAAGCAGUUCUCAGAGCUGAAGGAGAAGUUGUUCAGGGAACGGCUCAGCCAGCUACGUUUACGACUGGAGGAAGUGGGGGCUGAGAGAGCCCCAGAAUAUACCGAACCUCUUGGCGGGCUGCAGCAGAGCCUGAAGAUCCGCAUUCAGGUGGCAGGGAUCUACAAGGGCUUCUGUCUGGAUGUGAUCAGGAAUAAGUAUGAGUGUGAACUCCAGGGAGCCAAACAACACCUGGAGAGUGAGAAGCUGCUGCUGUAUGACACACUGCUGGGGGAGCUGCAGGAGCGGAUCCAGAGGCUGGAGGAGGACCGGCAGAGCCUCGACAUCAGCUCUGAGUGGUGGGACGACAAACUACAUAGCAGAAGCAGCUCCAAGUCCGGGGACACCAUGCCACCCAGCAAGAGGAAGAAGGCACCGCUUGUUUCUGGUCCAUAUAUUGUGUACAUGCUGCAAGAGAUCGACAUCCUGGAAGACUGGACGGCCAUCAAAAAGGCCAGGGCAGCAGUGUCCCCUCAGAAGAGAAAAGCAGAUGGAAUGUGCACGCCUGUGCCUUGGGGGUUGGAUUGUCUUCCUGAGUCCCAGGAGAAGCCGAAGGAGCUCCCAGCCAUGGAAGACCCUGGUGAGACCGGAGCACACCCUCUGGGAGCCACCAACCUGAACUUUGUACCUGGGCACCAACAGAAAGAAAAGCCAUCUACAGACCCACUGUAUGACACACCUGAUGCCAGAGGGGUACAGGCAGGCGGGUCCCAACAGCCACUGCGUACUGUGAGCCUUCGGGAGCGGCUGCUGAUCACCCGGCCUGUGUGGUUACAGCUGCGGGCCAACGCUGCAGCCGCGCUGCACGUGCUGAGGACAGAGCCUCCAGGGACCUUCCUGGUGCGGAAAUCUAACACUCGCCAGUGCCAGGCUUUGUGUGUGCGGCUGCCAGAAGCUAGUGGCCCCUCUUUUGUCUCCAGCCACUAUAUCGAAGAGAGUACUGGCGGCGUCUCUUUGGAGGGCUCAGAGCUCAUGUUCCAGGACUUGGUGCAGCUCAUCUGUGGCUACUGCCGUACCAGGGACAUUCUCCUCCUCCCUCUCCGACUCCCCAAAGCCAUUCAUCAGGCAGCCACCCACAAAGAGCUGGAGGCCAUCUCCCAUCUGGGCAUGGAGUUCUGGAGUUCCUCACUCAACACCAAGGACCAACAGAGACCUUCGGAAGCCCCACCCAUACCCCGGCUGAAGGCUCGCUCCCCUCAAGAGCUGGAUCAGGGCACUGGUGCUGCCCUCUGCUUCUUCAACCCCCUCUUCCCCGGGGAUCUGGGCCCCACCAAACGAGAGAAAUUCAAGAGGAGUUUCAAAGUGCGUGUGUCCACAGAGACCUCCAGCCCUCUGUCUCCACCUGCUGUGCCGCCUCCCCCAGUCCCGGUGCUGCCAGGGACAUCUUCCAGCCAAACGGAAAGACUGCCCCCUCGACAGCUGCUGCAGAGGGAGAGCUCAGUAGGAUACCGUGUGCCAGGAAGUGCUGCCAGCCCAUGUCUUCCUCCCCUACCUUCCCUUCAGGAGGUGGACUGCUGCUCUCCCAGCAGCUCAGAGGAGGAGGGCUCUUCAGGAAGCCCUACAACCUCCCCACGCCUAAGCCGCCCAAGGCACCGGCGGCCUCUGCUUCGGUCCAUGAGUUCUGCUUUCUGCUCUCUGCUGGCACCGGAGAGGCAGGUGGGCCGGGCAGCCACAAUGCUAAUGCAAAACCGAUACACAGCCGUGGGUCAGCUAGUGCAGGAUCUACUGACCCAGGUUCGGGCUGGUCCCGAGCCCCGGGAGUUGCAGGGUAUCCGCCAGGCCCUGAGUCGGGCCCGGGCCAUGCUGAGCGCAGAGCUGGGCCCUGAGAAGCUGCUACCACCGGAGCGGCUGGAAUUGGUCCUGGAGAAGUCCCUGCAUCGCUCUGUUCUCAAGCCUCUUCGACCCAUUCUAGCUGCCCGCCUGCGGCGCCGGCUUUCCACAGAUGGUUCCCUCGGCCGCCUAGCUGAGGGCUUCCGCCUGGCCCGGACCCAGGGGCCUGGAGCCUUCGGGUCCCACCUGACCCUUUCUUCCCCAGUGGAGACAGAACAGGUGCGCCAGAAGCUGCUGCAGCUCCUUCGUGCCUACUCACCUAGUGCCCAGGUCAAGUGGCUCCUGCAGGCCUGCAAGCUGCUAUACACAGCCCUGAAAAGCCAGGCAGGAGAGAAUGCAGGUGCUGAUGAGUUCCUGCCUCUGCUGAGCCUUGUUUUGGCCCAGUGCGACCUUCCUGACCUCCUGUUAGAAGCUGAGUACAUGUCAGAGCUACUGGAACCCACCCUGCUCACUGGAGAGGGUGGCUACUACCUGACCAGCCUCUCAGCCAGCCUGGCCUUGUUGAGUGGCCUAAGCCAGGCCCGAGCACUGCCACUCAGCCCAGCACAGGAGCUCCAGCGCUCCCUGGCCCUCUGGGAACAGCGCCGCCUGCCGGCCACCCACAGCUUCCAGCAUCUCCUCCGAGUAGCCUACCAGGACCCCAGCACAGGUUGCACCUCCAAGACCCUGGCUGUGCCCCCAGGGUCUUCAAUUGCCACAUUGAGCCAACUCUGUGCUACCAAGUUCCGAGUGACCCAACCAGAUGCGUUUGGCCUCUUCCUCUACAAGGACCAGGGCUACCAUCGCCUGCCCCCUGAAGCCCUAGCCCACAGGCUUCCUGCAACUGGCUACCUCAUCUAUCGCCGGGCAGAGCGCCCUGAGACCCAGGAGGCUGUAGCAGAGAAGGCAAAAACAGGCAGCAAGAGGCCAGAGGCAGGAGCAUGGGAAGAGGAGACAGGGGGUCUAAACAGAGAAGGGAAACCUCGGAUAGCUGUUGACCAAGAAGGCAAGGAUCAGGCCAGAGGAGGUCACAUAGGGCCAGAGGAACAAAAGGCAGAAGGAAGCCAGGCUUUGGAAGAGUAGCUAGGAAGAACCAAAGGGGUUACCUGGGCCCCCGGGAGCCUCUAAGUCCACUCUUCCCAGCGGCCAAGCUUCCUUUACCACCCACCCACAGUUCUCUGUGGUGUCUGCCACCACCUCUAGCCGAUCUUCAUGAGUCCACCUGCUAGGGAACAGGAUGCUGGCCAUAUAGACUAGAGCAGCGUUAAGAGAGCUGGGAGACUCACAGACCCUCUGUUUAAGGCCCCUGGCUUCUGUCUCCCCAUAGCCCACAGGGAUAAACAUGUCUGGUAAGGGAAAAAUCCUCCUGAUGGCCAUAGGGGCAUGGUGGGAGGGUAGUCCUGGCUUCUUUUGCCUCUCCCACUGCCCAUGGAGAGAUGCUGGAGCAUCAAGACCCUGUGCAACUCCAGUCUCUUCUAGUUUUAGGGGUCAGGGAACCAGAAUGGCAGCAAAGCUCCCCAGACUAACAGCUCUUCUCAGAUAUAGCAUCUGGUGUGCAAAGAAGGGAUAUGACUGCUGUUCUGCAGGGUUCCUAGAGCGACCCAGGACCUACAUGGAUGGUUGGUGGCUCAGCUCAGGCAGGAGAAAGAAGAAAGAAUGAGUGUUAGCAGCUAUGGCAAGCCCGUCCCGUAGGCAGCCUCUACCAGGCAGUCCUCUCACCUGUGUCUUCUUCCCCGGUCAGUUCAGAGAUGGUAGUCACCCUGGAGGUCAGGCCGUAGGAGAGAAAGCAUCUAUGUUCCAGUCUUUUCUCACUAUCAGAAAUAUGUUGAGACACUGAAGUCUUUCUGGGAAAUUGGACCCUGAGAAAUAAUGCACGCUAGCAGGAAGAGAAGUUUCCAGAACAGAGAGGUGCUCCACAAACAUUGCCGUCAUACCCCACUCCUUGGGUCCUUACUAAAGCUUGAUAAUGAGGAAUGGUGUAGCUGUGGGUCCCACGGCAGUACAGGUUAGGUAAUUCCCAAGACGUUGCAGCAGACUAGCCCUCCAGGCUCAGGCAGCAGCCCCAGAGGGAAGCCCACUGCAAAUUUGAGCAGAGAAAAAUACCCACCAAUAGCCACAAGAGGGCGCAUACAGCCUGAGAAGCUGCUGAGGGUCACCCACCCUCUUCACUCCCCUACCCCGCUGCGAGCAGUGGGAGGGGUGUGGCUAAAGAGAAUUCAAGAGCCGCAGAAUGUGGACAGUCACUGGCCUCACACUCUUAUAGCAGCUUGGGACGUGCAGAGCAGAGAGCCCUUAGAGUCAGAGAUUCUUAGAAAAGGAUUGUUUCCUGACAAAGGAGAACCACAGCCAGGCUCAGAGCUGCUCUCCUGGGCCUCUGAGCACCAGGGCACCAACUUAGAUGUGAUGCACAUACCAACAGGAGGUAGACUUUCAAAUCCACAUCUAGUCAGUAUAGGGUUCUAAACUAGUCACUAGGCCACCAGUGUUCCUUGCCCACUUCUAUGCCCCUCCCUCCGCAGGAGGGAAAAGUGUGUGAUAAGGGACAAGUUCAUCUGAUAUCUAACAUCUGGCAGGGAGGGUGGCCACGGUUCUUUUGGCCUUUUCUCCACCACCCAGGAGGGGCCACACACAAGGCUGCUGGCUCUUCAAGGCUCUAAACAGCAUGGCCCCCUAUUCCAUUAUAUGUCUUCCCUUCCUCCCUUAUCCUUUGUACAGGAUGGAGCACUCUGCAGGUGCUCAAUAAA